GGUUUGUUCAUUCGCGAACUUGUUUUGCAAAGUUUUCGGAAACAUGCUUCCUGUUAUCACCGUUGAAGCUUUGGACCAAUUGUUCUUGUACACAUGGAAAUUUCAACUUUGAACCAAUCACCAAAGCACUAGUCAUUUAACAACCAAGCCAGUGCACUGAAUGAUGCGUCGGCGUUUCAAAAGGGACCUACAUUACAAUCUACUAUCGGGUAUGAUAUUGAAAUGUCAAAAGUUCUAAAGUGAACCGAUUGAACAAUAUCAUCACGACGAAGAAGCCACAGUAUUCAAGAUUGACAUCAAUUUUAUUUAAAGAAAGCUUCAUCCUAUGAUUCAAGAAACCUGUCAGUCAAAUUUGGGGGUCACUAACAUACAAUGACAACCAAUACCAACAAAAGAGUAAAAUUAUCAUCACAACCUAAAAAAUGGGUCAUCAAUGCCUUUCUUAUGAAUACUCCUGGCCUUCAAAAUACAGGUCUUUGGGCGCAUCCAGACAACCAAAUAUCAAAAUACAACACUAUAAAGUUUUGGCAAGAUUUGGCGGUUAAGUUAGAAGAUGCAAAAUUCUCUGGUAUUUUCAUUGCUGAUGUUUUAGGACCAUAUGAUGUUUAUAAAGGACCAGAUAAUUUAACUCCUGCCUUGGUUGGUGCUGCCCAAUUACCAACAAAUGACCCACAACUAAUUGUUCCUGCAAUGGCAGCUGUCACCAACUCUAUUGGCUUUGGGAUAACUGUAAGUACCACUUAUGAACAUCCUUAUGAUUUGGCCAGAAGAUUUUCAACGUUGGAUCAUUUGACUGAAGGUAGAGUUGCUUGGAAUAUUGUUACAUCUUAUUUACGCAGUGCUGCUAGAGCUCAUGGUUUACCUGAUCAAAUUGAUAAAACUAUUCGCUAUGAAAGAGCCGACGAAUAUCUUGAUGUCGUUUAUAAACUAUGGGAAGGUUCUUGGAAAGAUGAUGCUGUUGUGAAAGAUAAGGUUCAAAACAUAUAUGCUGAUCCAUCAAAAGUUCGCUAUAUUCAUCAUGAAGGUAAGCAUUAUAAAGUUGAUGGGGUCCAUCUUGCUGAACCAAGUAAACAAAGAACACCAGUCCUAUUCCAAGCUGGUUUAUCACCUGGAGGAAAAGAAUUUGCAUCAAAGCAUGCUGAAGCUAUUUUCAUCACUGGUUCUUUCCCUGAAAAAGUGAAGGCAAAUGUCCAAGAGAUCAGAUCAAAAGCUGAAAGCAAAGGGAGGGAUCCUAAUUCAAUCAAGUUUGUACUAGGUAUUACCGUUGUUGUUGAUGAAACCGACGAAGCUGCCCUUGCUAAGUAUGAAUCCUACAAGAAGUAUGCAAAUCCAGAAGGUGCUCUCGCGUUAUUUGGUGGAUGGUUUGGAUUAGACUUUUCAAAGGCACCGGAUAAUGUUGAUUUAAAAACUUUGGAGGGUCCAAUUGGUGAUUUCAUAAGGAUGACUCGCCCAGAAAAGACAUUAACUAAACAAGAAUUCUCAUUAGACUCUUCAUUAGGUGGUGUUUAUCCCAAAGUUAUCGGCUCCGCAACCACUGUUGCUGAUAAGCUACAGAAAUGGAUAGAAGACACUGGUGUUGAUGGAUUUAAUUUUAACUACAUUAUUGCUCCUGAUACAUUUGAAGACUUGAUCAAGUAUCUGAUUCCAGAGUUACGCAAGAGAGGUUAUGUAGAUGAUGAGUACUUUUCUCCUGGUGGAACAUUUCGUGAGAACUUGUCAAGAGUGAAAGGAAAAAAUCAUCUAGAUGAAGAUCAUUAUGGGCAUUCGUUCAAAUGGACAUAGAAGGUUAAACCAUAAUUAUAAAGUGAUUAAUUGCAAGCGUACAAGUUAGUGUAGUCACGUGCCCAAAUUUUGAUUUCGCGAAAGCCUGUCAUCUUAAAACGGGCAAGUAAACCCAGCAGAAAAAUUUCAAUUAAUUCUGCUCAUAUUCAGGAUUCCAAACACAAAAGUUUC